UAGUUGGUUUGUUUGUUCCAGAGGGGCGGUGUGUGAGUGUCGCACCGCCAUGUCGCACCACAGCGACGAACAGGCGCUCCUCACGGUCACCUCCGACUCGUUCUGGGAGCCUGGUAACUAUAAGCGGACCACACGAAGAGUUGACGAUGGACACAGACUAUGCGGAGAGCUGCAGGCCUUGGUGCAGGAGAGGGCAGACAUAGAGAAGACGUACGCGAAAAGCCUAAGGGGGUGGGCUAAGAAAUGGAAUGACCUUAUCGAGAAAGGCCCAGAAUAUGGCACAAUGGAAGCUGCGUGGAAAGGCGGCAUGGUGGAAGCCGAGCGCCUCUCCGACCUGCACCUCAGCGUGCGCGACCGACUCGUCAACGACGUCAUGGCGCAGAUCAAAAACUGGCAGAAGGACACCUAUCAUAAGUCAAUGAUUCAGCUAAAAGAACGCAAAGAAAUGGACGAGGCAUUCAAGAAGGCGCAGAAACCUUGGGCUAAGCUGCUGCAGAAGGUAGAACGCACGCGGCUGGAGUACCACACGGCGUGCAAGCAGGAGCGGACGGCCCAGAACCAGGAGAGGAACGCCAGCGGAGACAGCUCGCUUAGUCCCGAUCAGGGAGAGAACUCCAAGCGAGGACACGAGGUGAAGAAAAUGGCAGAAAGAGUAGCGAAAUGUCGUGAAGAGGUAUCGAAGAGCAGAGAGAAGUACCAGUCGGCGCUGGCGGAGAUCACCGCGUACAACCCUCGCUACAUCGAGGACAUGACGGGCGUGUUCGAGCGCUGCCAGCAGAUGGAGGCGCAGCGGUUGAAGUUCUUCAAGGAUGUGCUGUUCAGCUUCCACAAGUGUCUUAACAUCAGUCAGGAGCCCUCAUUACCCCAAAUAUACGAAGAAUUCCACCAUACGAUAAACAACGCUGACAGCCAAAAGGACCUGAAAUGGUGGGCCAAUAACCACGGCAUCAACAUGGCGAUGGCGUGGCCGCAGUUCGAGGAGUACACGGAGGAGUUCCGGGACAUCGCCAAGGGCAAGUCCAAGGAGAGCCUGCCCACCGGGCCCAUCACGCUGCUCAACCAGCGGCCCGUCAGCGAGGAUGAGCUGCCUCCAAUAAAUUCUAACAACAAGGUCAGCAAGCCCAACCACACGGACGCCGCGCCGCCGCCCGCCGUCGCGAACAACACCAACAACACGAACAACGCGCCGCCCGCCAACAACACCAUCGAUAAGAAGAGCAUCAGUGCACCUAUAGCUGUUACUAACGGAACAGCACCCGCGCCAAAAUCCAACAAGACCUCCCCAGCCAAGGACAGCGGCAAGAGCCAGAACCAGGAAAACCCCUUCGACGAGGACGAGUGGGACUCGGAGUCGGCCGGACUGACAGACACCGGCGAGCCCGGGCUGCCGGUCCGGGCGCUGUACGACUACACCGGCGCCGAGAGCGACGAGCUCAGCUUCCGACAAGGUGACCUAUUUGAGAAACUCGAAGACGAAGACGAACAAGGCUGGUGCAAGGGAAGGAAAGACGGGCGCGUUGGGCUCUACCCCGCCAACUACGUGGAGCCGGUCGGACACUAGCCCCCCCUCCUCCCCCCAGCCGGGUCGCGCCCCCCCCCUAGAGGUGACUGAACACGCGCUAACGACACAGUAGAUAUCUUACUUAUAGUAUUGCACCUGAAACUAUGCUUGCAAGAAGCAUAUUUUGGCCUUAGCAUUCGAAAAUUAUAUGUUAAUAGAGUCGACUGAUAUAUUUAGCUGGCAUAUCCCUACGUACCAUGUAUGUAUCGCUCACGCUUUAUGUUUUUUACGUCGUAUUGGUACUACUUGCGAGUCUAAGCGGUACCAACGCGAUGCCUCCAACUCUUGAUAAGAAGUAUACAUUAAAUAAAUAGCACUUAAAGAUUGACCAUAUUUAUGUAAAGACGAGUCGUGUACGAAUAACAUUAGUGGCAUUGUUGUGAAGUCCCAAGCGUGAACUAUGUAUUUAUAAAAGUAUUAUUAUGUAAAGUUAGUGUUGUUCAUUCAUUUCUAAGGCCGACAGAUAAUCAAAAAUGUAUUGUUACGAGAUCAUUUUGUGAACGCGUGACAGAUUAUAAAAUUAUGAACGUUUUAUAUUCGCGAGUCACGAUGUAGUCAUUAUCAUAGUAACAGGUUUUAAGUACAUUCAGCUGUAACGUAUGUGUUUACUUGUAACGACUAGCGAUAGAUAUGAUAGUCUCACACCGUCACCCGUCACCGCGGCGCCGGAGCAGCUUUAAUACGUCUUAUGAUAUCAUUUCUCUUGACAUCGAACCCUGGACCUCGAGGAUCGAGCAAUUUUUGAUGUAUUUAACAAGACUCUUUUCUAUCGGAACAUUUUGGACCUAAAUUUUUGUAAAUUUCUAUACAACAGUCAAGUCAUGAAAAUUUUUCAGUAUUUCGUUAACAGUAUAGGUGAGACGGUCAGCGGUGGGAUUCGGAUAUUUUUGGAUGGAACUCUUUGUAGGUACAAUAUGGAAACCAAAAAUUGUUAACUUGUAACUUGUAGUGACACUGCGCAUCCAUUGUCAUCGACUAGCUUUGUGCCCCGAGAGCUGUCCCCGCGCGAGCCGGACGCGCGUCCGACCGACACGCAUCGUACGACUCCGCCGAGUAGAGGUGUAUCGUCUAUACACUAGACUCUGACUAGCGCCGACUACUAUUGUAAAUAUCCAAUGUAGUCGAUUGUAUGUAUCGGUUGUAUUAUGUAUAUAAAAUGUAAAAAGUAUUUUACAUGCAAGAACCAGACUUUGCGCUUUCGAAGUUUGAUUCUAUUCUGAUUGUUUUAAAUCUAUUGGUAAUACUGUAGCCGGUACAUCUCUAAGCAAUAUCGAUGAGGAAUUUAGCUAAGCCAAAAAGUGUACGCCAAUAUAAAUAAUUAGGUAACAAAUUAUACCUUUAGGCGGCAAUGGGAUUUAUAUUUUUGUGAUAUAAUAGUACUCGACAGUGGUCGCCACUGCACCGUAGUUGUGUUUAUGUACAUACACGAUUAUUAUAUAUCUUGUCGUGCUUAUAGAAUAUUUAUUUCCCAUUGUAUAUAAUGUAAAAUGCAUUAAUAAUGUAUGUAAGGUAAGACGCGGCGGGCGACAGCGACGCCCGGAGGCCUAAUAUUGUGUAGCGCCCUUUUGUAAUUCCCGUUUACAGGAGUCGCGACGCUGGCGCCCUCUCGUCGUUUAGGUUAAAUUAAACAAUAACGAUUAAUAUAUUACGAGAAAUGUUUAAUCUUUUCUUUUUCCCUUUUAUACCUCGUUUUAAAUAUUGUUGUAUCGUGUAAUUAUUAGUGGGAGUCAUUACGUUAGUCGAGGCUGAGUUUCAACACUUGACUUGUGAACUGUCGGUCGUUUAGUCCGUAGCUGUUUUGUUUUCAUUGUUAUAGGUUCAGCGACCAUUUGUGAGAAAUUCUUUGUAUUAUAUAAUUAUCAAAGAGGGUGGUUUUGGACCACAUAUGUUAAUAUAUUAUGAAUAUUGGUAAAAUAAAAUUGUUACAUAUGGUA